CGUCGCUGUCACAGUACUCUUUGCUAGCCAUUUUUGCCGGGGAUUUUUUUUUUUUUAUAGGUUUGCGAUUUUAUUUGAUUGACGUGAUUGUCGGCCAACGACGACAUUUGGGUGGUCACGUGGUUUUUAAAGACCCACAAGACCCACCUCAUGUGUAUUUGAACCAAUGACAGUGCAUUCUAUGCUGCAUGCGUCAACAAAAUGACGACAUAUCAACAAUGCUGCGCUACGCAGCAGCCGGCAGGAGACUCAAAGCUGCGCUACGCAGCAACCGGCGGGAGAUGCAAUGCUGCGCCGCGCAGCAUCCGGCAAGAAUGGAAGCCACUGUCUCCAAAAAAAUGACGCAAAGGGCAAAGCAGCAUCUAGUAAAUGUGAAGUUGAAUGGGUGGAGAGGGAUUCGGAUGGUCGUCGAAUUCCCAAAAGGUGCAGAAUUGGAGAAACACGGAUGCAAGCCUCAGCUACAGUUGUUUCUCAGGAGGUUUGUGAGGACUCUGCCCCUUUUGAUUCAGCUGGGGAGGAUCAUGCAUUGUCCGGGUGCCCUCAACAGUUACUUGUACGUCUGUUGCCUACUAUCAGACCGGAGUUGUGCUCCUGUGAUCCAUCAAACCUCGCGGAGUCAGCUGGCAGAUCAGUCAUUUUGGCUACCAUGAAUGGUCGGUAUGAUCUACACUUGCCGAAGUUGGCAUGCAAGUCAUGUCCAGCCCAGUGGACACCUGACCGAAAGGAUUUAAUACAAAGUGGGUAUUGGCCAGCGUCUGUGAAGAGUGACACAUUGUUUGCAGCUGAUCUGCUUGCAACAUUUGAAGGGAUGAAAACUACAGCACCCAAUCUAUCGAGACAGGGUUUUUUGCGGAUGUUGGAUGAGAGGACUUCUCACUUUGGAAGAACUGGAAAAAUACAUGGAGACAUCUUCCAAAGGAGCUUUUUGGAGUACACAUUCUGUAACUACCAGUGCGAGAAAAUGUCAAGUGUGGAGCACUUUACAUGCGCAGCAUGUACCCCAAACAUGCUGGCGCUGUGUGCAGAUGGCAACAGAAAGGUUUACCGAUUUCGGCAGUCUAAAGGGUCUGAACAACCGCAUUUUGAUGGUGCCUUCAUUGCGAAAGAUGCCGACGUGCACAGUUUUGUUGAGGACAUCAUGAGCAAACAGAAAAGUACGGCUGGCAGAGGAAGGUGCGGGGUCAGUCAGUGGUCCGCUGCCCGCGAAACGGCUAGAAAAGCCAAUAGACUGGACGAGGAGGGGCUUGAAGUGGUCGUUUGCAGACAUGGGUUGCUUCUAAAGGCAGUCAACAUGUUCAGAGGCGAAAUAUUUGCCUAUCCACUUUUCCUGCAGAAGGAGCUUCAGGCAGCCACAGGCGGGCAGUUCUAUUGCACGGAUAUUGCCUGCAAGUACUGGCCCUACCUUGAGAGAUUGGCAGUCUCCAUGCUGGAACUGACCCCUUUAUUGCAGAUGAGACAGUUCCUCUCCGUCAUGCAUGCCAAAGCCCACUCAACAAAGUGUGAGAUAAUCUGGAGUGGCAGAAAUCAAGAGGGUGCUGGCACAACUGCAGGAGAAGAGGUUGAAAUGGUGAACAGCUACCUUUCUCGUUGUGGCCUCACAACAAAGUACAUGACCAAAUCUGCCAGGAAUGACAUGCUGACCAUACAUGCCAUUGGGUGGAACAAGCGGAAGCAAGAUGGUCUACAUCUUGCUUUGUCUUGCAGAUAUGUCAAGACACUGCAAAAGGCUGAGGCUGCGUCUCAGAAAUUACGUGAUUUGUGCAGUGACCAUGACUGCCCUGAAGACAUGGUCCACCAGUGGGUAGAGGACGUGAGACAGUGGGCGAAGGCUGAUGCUGUAGGUUCCGGUUCUGAUGACCAGCACCAGCUUCAAAAAUCAAUUGAAGAGAUCUUUCUUGGGGUUCAUCAGAAAAAAGCGAACCUUUACAAUCAGACCGACAGCAACAAAAUUCGUAAUUUAAGGCGAAGAAAACUCUGGACAGAGAAGAAAAAACUCUUCGAAAAAAUCAGGCUUUACAAUCAGCAGGUGCCAGAGGAGGAGCGCAUUGUUGAGGAGAAGGUGGAAGGAAAGCUGUCAUUGUUGGGGGGAAAUUAUGAGGAAGACAGUCUGAUCUGGCCAUGGGAGAUGCACAGCAGUGGAAUAAGCAAUAUCGCUAAGAAAAAGAGGAUAUUCGAUGCAUGCAUGGCCAAAAUGCGUGUCCAAGAAGAAAAAGUCAUCCUUGUCAGAGAGAUGAGAAACCACUGCGCCUACCUGAACCAGCUGGCUGGGAGCAUCAGGAAAAUGACAACAGAAAUGUCUUCUGGUGAAAGCAGAGGAAAUGUAAGUGAAGAAGGCCAUCGGGGAUUGAUUUGUCUUCUUCGAAAAAGGCUUUUAGAUCUGGAGGAAAAGGUACCGUCAGGCUUUGGGACCAGAUGCUAAUUCCCUGCUUCAAGAUGUCCCCGAAGAAGACAUCCAAGAGCAACACGAUGACCUGUACGAGAGCACAGACGACAGUGACUAAAAUUAAAAAAAUAAAGCGGUUCCGGGACUCCCUCCAUCACUUUUUCUAUUGGUUGAAUCUCGUUCGUAGGCAAAUAACACUCGCAUGGUGAUGCUUC